AUGGUGCUUGCGCGUGUUCUCACGGGCUCCGUCCGUCGCGGCGCAGCGAGAUCUCGCCUCGUUUCCCCCCUCUCUCGCCUCUCACCACCCAGUUCCACCCGCUCCGCUAUAAACACCGCUCGUCGCGCCGCGUCUCGUGCUUGUAGCGGAGCAGCAACGCCGCGUCCUAUAGGGGGGAUGCCGCCGCUCCUGCCGUUCUCAGCAGCGGGUGCUGUUGCGUCAUCGUCGACGCUUGCAGGAGUCGCCGGGGGGGUAGUAGGGUCGCCCAGCGGCGUGGCAUGCGGCGCGUGUAAGCAGCAGAUGGCGGAGGGAUCGGACUCGUCGGCUUCUGGUCCCGUUGCACAUGUUUCUGAACAGCAGUCAGGGCUGCUGGAGGGGACACGGAGGGGAUUGGAGGAGGCUGAGCGGAGCAGGGCAGCAGAACUGGUACAAGUGAAAGGGGAGCUGCUAACAGUGCGAGGAGAGGUGGUGACAGUAAGGGGGGGGUUGCUAACAACAAGGGGUGAGCUGGCGACUAUGAAAGGGGAGUUGGACCUUCUGAAAGGGACUCUUCUAGAAACGAGAAAGGAUUUAGCUGAACAGAAGGAGUGCUUGCAGAAGGUGGAGACGGAAAAGCUGGCUUCGGAGGAGGAGGAGGUGAAGGAGCUGGGAAAAGGAAUGAUUUCAAAUGAUGCAGCAGCGGUCCCAUCCCCAGCACUGAAGCAUGUGGAGUUUGACGUUGAAGAGGAGUUGAGGAUGCGCCAAGGGGCUUAUAAAACGGUUUGGCAGCCCUGA